AUGGCCACUGUGAUCUCUUCAACAGCCGAAUUCGACAAAACACUUUCAUCGGCCGGCGAAAAGUUGGUCGUUGUGGAUUUUACGGCAUCAUGGUGUCCGCCAUGCAAGAUGAUUGCACCGGUUUUCGAUUCAUUAGCACGUCAACAUGGACAAAAUGCUCAUUUUCUUAAAGUGGAUGUUGAUCAAUUUCAACAAAUCGCUCAAAGGUAUGGCGUACGUGCAAUGCCAACGUUUGUUUUUAUAAGAAAAGGUGGUAUUUUGGAUCAAUUACGUGGUGCAAAUGCUUCAAAAUUAACUGAAAUGGUUUCGCAAUACAUUAACAAAGGCUCGGCCGUUCCAGGUUCGGGUACGUUCCCGGGAAGUGGUCAUAGUUUGGCCGGUGGAUCAGGAUCUGCAGGUGCACCUCGUGCUGGAGGAAUCUUGGGUCAAAUCCCUCGGGAAAAUUUGGUACCUUUUGCCAUUGUGAUCGCUUAUCUUGCCUAUGUAGUCUGGUCAAAAUCAUAAAACACUUCAGCAUGAUAAUUUUAUGUUUAAUUAAUGUACAAAUGAUUAAUGAUUUACAGAAUUACACACCCG